AUGGAGGUCGGGCUGAGAGUGAAUCGUGUCGCGAUUCUUAGAGAUUUGGAACCUAAGAAACACUGGAAUUACCUGAUUCAAGAAGGGGUUCUUGAUUAUGACGAUCUGGAUGACCUUAAAGCCGAGAAAACAAGGAAAGCCCGAGCUGAACUUCUUUUAGGAAAGGUGUUACUUGCGGGAGCACGAAAAAUUGAUAUAUUUGUGAUGUCUUUGAGCAUUUAUCAGCCACAUUUGCACGAGUUACUUCAGAGAGACUUACCAGAAACCCUACAAAGACAACAAGGUAAUUAUAUCGAGUCUGGCAACUGUACUGAAGUCGUUUUCGUGAAGGGUUCAUGUUUUGAAGUGUUUAUUAAGGUUCAGUUGGAACUACACGUACUGCAUUUGUAGUUUAAUCUUCAGUAAAACCUUAAAUAAAAGGUCCCUUAAGUCUUUCGAACUCAAGGAUAUUAGAUUCCAUUUUUAUUUUAACUCGAAGGUUUAAAUGGAGGUAUAGCCAAUUUCCUUUCCAAUGGGGCAUGAUGUUUCCAUUUUCCUGUUAACAUCCCCACCCGUGCCAAAAUCGCUAAGGAUUCCCCCAUCAUAUGAAAUGUUCACAAAAACCUGUAACAAACAGGCACCUACUGUAGCUCAGAAAUACUAAGCUACAAUAGUAACUGGGAAGUGUGAAGAUGAAAACCAUUUUAAGGUUUAAAAUUUGUGUUGUUAAAAUUGAUUUCAUUUUCACUUCUUUAAUAUUUAUCUACCAGCUAUUUCUUUGUUAAUAAAAGGGUUCGAAAUUGCGACUGUCGCCAAUGCGACUAACAUUUUCUCCUUGACGACUAAAAAUUAUGGCUUAGUUGCCACUUUGACGACCAGAUUUCUCGAUGAUUUAGGUUUAAAUUAAAAGAGUAAAAUUAAAACAAACAUUCCAUCUUAUCUUGCUUUGCUUUGCACCAUGAAAAAUGUGUCAAUUCGCAUAAACAAAGCCAGUUUACCGGCAAAUUUAUACUGACUUCUGUCUGCGAUAUUUUCAAACAACCAAAUCUGAUGGAUCGCACCAUACUACAGCACUUCUGAUAGGACGCAGAAGUCUGAUUUCGCAGGAUUUUCAGAAACAGAUUCUUGAAAAUUUUCUGGGCUAACUUCACCAAAAAACAAUCAAUAAAAAAAAGCCGAUUUUGUGGGAAUUUUCUGGGUAAAUUUCACUUGAAGUCGGCUGAUUUUGUGCUGAUUUGACGAGCGUGUUUAAUGUUUUUAACAGAAAUAAUCAUUUGCUGUUUUAACAACAAAGCGCUCAAGAAAUGAGCCAAUGGCAAAGCUUUUAACAUCAUGACUAGUGGUAGUUUUGGGAUGUUGUUUGCUCGUUGUGGUGAUGAAGUUUCAAGAUAAAUUUGCAAGUUUACAGCAAUUAAACAGUCCCAAUAGCCAAGACAAGUUUCAGUUAUGUUGGCAUGUAUUUGAUAAGAUUUCUGGCGAAUUUUGUGAUAUUUCGCGGGUUGAUAUUAAUUUCGUGGCUCCGCGACCGUGCUAAAUAUCGGAAGCAAGCCCUGAUACUAUGAUUUGUGUCGUUUACAUUAUACAAACUGGCUACUAAAAAUUUGCAUCUGGUGACUAAAUUUCUCCAGUUGGUCGCCAAGAGGCGACCUGAGGAUUGUUUUCAUUUUGAGCUUUGAAUAAUUGUGAUUUUCAUACCCAUAUUUACCUAAAUUUCCAAAAAAUGCAACAACUUCCAAACAGUUCUGAAGAUGUUCCAAAGACUUGCAAACUUCACGAAAGAUUUGCUGUAAUGUUCACAUGAUUUCCAAAGGUUACCGAAUCUACAACGCAGGUUGCCAAAUCUUUGCGCCAUCUUGCUGAGAUCAAGUUGUGCAGGUAAAAAACUGACCGGUAUACAUGGUAUCACUGUUUUCCAUUAGCAGGCAUGUGGCAUGGUCGACUACUCCUCAAUGUAUGCGAAAGACCAGUUUUUAAAUUUAGACUAGGGUCAACUAAACCCCUCUAAAAGAGCCUCAGUAUAAUACCAUAUUAAGUCUGGAAAAAGCUUACAUGCAUGUUACUAAAGCUUUAUAAAAUUUGUGGAAAUUGAAAUUCUGUCCAUUUUAAAACAAAAAUAAUGAAAAAGAUAAUAAUUAUCUUUUAUUAUUGUUUCGAUUAUUAUUCUACUAUACAAUGAAGUGUUUCUAUGAAUUUAGUCCUUCCAUAACAGACUUACUAUACAUGUCUUUUGACUCACAAGAAUCCCUCCUUAAUGCUUGAACAAUCUAAGGGUAUGAUUAUGAUAUCAGCUUUGUUAAAAUCAAUGCAUCAACUUUAUAAAAAUUAUAGUAUUAUUUUGCCAAGGCAAAGAAGCAGUAAGUUAUUCCGUAACCACCUUACACAUCUGCACACAGGUAAGGUACAGCUUCAAAAGUUAAUUUUACAUAAAGAUUUUAUGCAUGAGAAGAUUUUGGGCUUGGCUGUCUUUAAGGUUGGAUAAGAGCUAGUAUGUUGAAUGUGUAAGCAAUGGUUUUGUAACAAACAUUAAAGCAAAAUUUUUUAUUUUUUUGUCUUUUAGGCUCUACUCAAGCAGCUGUAGAAAAUGUUACACGGCACAUGACUGGCUUGCAUGUACAUGCCCAACCUCGUCCUUUUGUUCGCGAAGGUAGAAUUGUAGUUACUGAAUAAUUUCUUUGUGCCCCAACAUGCUUGUAUUUAAGGUCUUUGCUCUAACUGUCAACAGACAGUAAAACCAACAGCAGAUUGGUUUUCCUUAGCCUGUGUAGCAAGGAUUUCCUUGUAGUUUUGGAGGAUAGAAAGACCUCCGCAUCCCUCCUCUUUUAAUCUCCCAAACCACAUUGAAACACCUUCUUUGCAGGCAAGGUUUCCUCAAACAUUCCCAUAAUUUUAAAUGUUACCGGUUAAACUGGGGAAGUUUGUUUGGUUCACAAAAGCCAUGCAUUGUGAUGCGAAUUAAACAUAAGUGUUGCAAAAAAAUCCUUUAUGUACGCUGUAUACAGUUACUUAUUUUAAUAAGUAACUGUAUACAGCGUACAUAAAGGAUUUUUUUGCAACACUUAAAAGUGUCUCAUUAAUAUACCAGCUAUAAAUUAUGUUGUUAUAUGACUGUGAUUGGUGAUCAUUGACUGACAAUAAUGUGAUACCAAGGACACAUAGUACAAUUCAACUAAAGAAGACAGCAGUAGCAGUCAAAACAAAGGGAUAACACCAGGAAAUUAGUCAGAAAAAUGUUAUUAUUAUAACUUAAUAUUAUCAAGUUUGCAUGAAAAAGAUUUGAAGGUGGUCGAGGGUUGAUUCUGGAAAACUUUGUGUACCUACAGAAGCUUUUUAGCUAUGCACGUUAUACAGUAAUAAAAUAAUAUUUUUUACCAUGAAUUACUUCAUACAUGUGCAUCAAUGAUCAUUUUCUUUUUUUUUUUUUAAGCACUCAGCCCAGUGGAGCAUGAAGGUGGUGAAAAUCCACUCACUGCAAAUGUGGAAACCAGUAAAAUAUCAGAUCAACAAUCAAGGCACACAACACAACUACCACCAGAUGAAGAACAAUUCUUUUUUGUGAUUCCAACAGAUUUGCGUAAGCUCCCAGCACACAUUCAUCCCAAUAACACUGAAGAGGUCUACCCCAUGUCAUCAAAGCCACGAGGAAUUGCGCUAAUUAUUAAUGUUGAAAUUUUUGUCCCCAGUCCUGAAAAGACCAAGAAGGAGGAGGAGAAAGAACAGUUAGAUAAUCGUCAAGGGUCAGCUAAAGAUAUUGAAAUGCUGGUAAAGUUGUUUGGAGCACUUGAUUUUAAAGUUGAAAUUAAGAGAAAUCCAAAAAAAAAAGAAAUUAUUGAGGUUUUGGAUAACAUCUCCAAUGAAGAUCACAGUAGCUAUGACUGUUUUGUGUUGUGCCUAAUGAGUCAUGGCUUAGAGGGGUUUGUCUAUGGUGCAGAUGGAGAAAAAGUCCUUCUAGAAGAUGUAUGUGGUUUUUUUAGCAAUUCAAGGUGUAGAACUCUAAAAGGAAAACCAAAACUCUUUGUUAUUCAAGCUUGUAGGGGACGUGACAAAGAUAAGGGUGUAGUGAGGGAUUCACCUGGUAGCCCUGAAACUUUACCGGGUAACCCUGUGACAGAAGCGGCCAUUAGCAGCGGCAGUGCUGAUGGUGAGGAUGAGGUUGCUGACCGAGGGUUCCAUUUUUCAAUUCCACAAAUUAUCCCUGACCAAGCUGAUGUGCUUAUGGCAUAUUCAACUGUCAGCGGCUAUGCUUCAUUUAGAAACCCACGUGACGGAAGCCGUUUUGUCCGUUGCCUUGUAGAAGUGUUCAGCGAAAAGGCAGGUCAUGAAGAUGUACUGAGCAUGCUCACGAUGGUGAACAACAGCCUCAGCAGCAUGGGUGAAGUUGAUUCCAAACAAGUGGGACAACCAACUUCAACCCUAACAAAGAAGCUGUACUUUUGGCCAGGGCUGUAAAACAAACUAAUCAUAGUAGUACUAGAGCCAGUCAAGUGCUCCAAAAUUAAUAGACCUUACAAAAAUGGCUAACACCACAGGGGCGGAUCCAGGCCUUCAGGUAAGGGGCGGGGGAAGCGCUUUAAAAAUAUUGCCAAAGGGAAGUAUCAGUUUGCGUCAGUCAUGUGGGCCUCGGCUUUCGCUUUCAUCCAAAAAUAAGGGAGGGACCCAGGCCCCUCACCUGUAUCUGCCACUGCAUCAUGCAAAGCAGGUGGAACUCCACAGAAAGACAGCAGCAUUUGUACCACAACCUUGUUGUUGCGACCUCAAUAAUGAUAUUUGGCCCAAAUAUGGAUGACACUCAUACACUUUCUUACCUCUAAAAACUUAAUUUUUUAUGUCACUAUAGAGUGUCAUUGCAAAAUUUCAUUUGAAACUUGGAGUCACCUUGUGUAGCAUAACUGCAUUGUGGUGGUGUACCCAUAUGUUAACCUACAUUAAUUUUUGCAUGGAAGUACAUUUUCUUACCUUGAAGAAAGACUCAUUAAUAUCUCACUGUGGAGUUUCAUUGUGAAAUAAAAGUCACAUUGGCCAUUUUUGUUAGCCUUGUGUGGCGAAUUUUGUGUACAGAAAACCAGUAUCUAGAGUGGAGUAAAUAUUUUCUGAUUUUAAUUUG